AGACUACGAAUACGAUGGUCCGACCCUACAAAUACAAUUAAGUAGUCCGUAUUAUUUAUAAUAAAAGGAAGAAGUUAAAUGGAAAGUACUAGUACGGAGUAGUAUAAAAGAUUAGUCUAAGGUGGUAGGUUGGUUAUGCUUGACCCUUCCCAUAAAACAUGGCAUUCAUCAAGCCAAGAGAGCUUGGUGGGAAGAUCUUGAGGAAGAAGGAAUGUGUACCAUCACCCCCAAGCUAUGUAAAAUUAUCCAGCAACAACGGGAAUGAUGAUGACGAUGAAGAAGGAACCCCGAAAGGGCAUGUUCCAGUUAUGGUGGGCAACAUCGAUGAGGGUGAAUUAAAGAGAUUUGUGGUUCCGACUGGGUUCAUGAAGGAUCCUUCUAUUGUUACGUUGCUUAAAUUAUCAGCUGCUGAGUUUGGUUAUAAUCAAGAAGGAGUCUUACAAAUUCCUUGCCAUCCUGAAUGUUUUCAAAAGAUUAUAGGUAAGUUGUACAAGAAGAGAUCAUACUUCAUCAUUUAAUAUAUAACAAUAAUCAUAUCUAAUUAAUACUGUUAUAAUGUUGUUGUAGCUUAAUUCGAUCAAUGUUUGAAUUGGAUUUUCGGUUUGAUUCCUGGUUUUUUUUUUACUCUAGUGUAUUACAAGAUCAGAUCACAUAAUACAUUGAGUUCUACCUAGGUUGAAAUAACGUACUACCAGUUCAACUUUUGAUGUUGAGAGGUUGAUAAAUGAUGACGUGUGUUGUAUUAUAAUCUACACAGUUGAAUAUAUACCAAGUAUCUUCUUUCUUCUUUUUUAUUUUAUUUCAUUUCCGUAUACAUUACUGUCUAUCUGCUGUACUUUCCCACAAUUUUUUUUAAUAUAUAU